ACAGCUUCACAUGCUACAGAUAAAUUUUUAUAAAAGGAAGAGUCAACUGUUGUGGCAAACUUCAUUGUCUUAUUUCAGUAAAUUGCCACAGUCACCCCAGUCUUCUUCAACUACCACCCUGAUCAGUCAGCAACCAUCAACAUUGAGGCAAGACCCUCCACCAGCAAAAAGAUUAUGACUUGCUGAAGAUUCAGUAAUCAUUAGCAUUUUUUAGCAAUGAAGUAUUUUAAAAUUAAGGAAUGUUUAUUGCUUUUUGAGACAUACUGCUAUUGCAUACUUAAUUGACGAAAUGUCAUGUAAACAUAACUUUUAUACAUAUUGGGAAAUCAAAAAAUUUGAUUUGCUUUAUUGUGAUAUUCACUGUGCUGCAGUGGUCUGGAACUGAAUGCACAAUAUCUUUGAGGUGUGCUUCAAUUAUAGGGAAACUUCAUAUUGCAAAAAGUUUCAGCAUUUGCCUGGUCCUAUAUAACCAAUUGUAAUUCCCCAAAGAAUUUGGCAAGUUUUUUCUUUAGACUAAAACUGUAGAAGAAGAACUUAUUUUUGUAUGUACAUUGUUGCUCAUCUUUUGUCUCAUCUCCGGAGUAGGGAGAUUUAUCUUCUUAAAAUGUGGCCUGAGUGCAAUGGAAUGCUGAGACCAAGGCUGCUACCAUUCUUCCUUGAAUAGAUCAGAGGUCCACCUUCCUUUUCAGGGAAUUGAGAAAAAACUAUUUUUUUCUUGUAAAGGGAAAGUGUUCCCCAUUGAGUGCCUGCUCUGGCCCAGGCCUGUUGCCAGGAACUUGCAUCUAUGCAACCACCUUGCAUGAUGGGAGUGUUAGUUAGCCUUACUUCUCAGAUGAGGAAACCCAAGCAAAGUGCCUUGGACUGGUGUUGGAACCUAACUCUGCCACCCCUAACCUGGAUCUGGCUAAUACCUGCAGUUCACUUCAUGGUCCACAAACUCGUGGGCAUCUUUGCCUUCUUGAAAUGACCCCCAAGGCCAUCCUGGCUUAUGGCACCUGGACUUCUACAGUUCUGCCCCCUGCCUGCUUAUUCUGCUCCCUCUGAUUCAUUCUCUGCACAGUGGGCAUUGCUCUCCUUUUACAAGUGUUCAUCAGAUCAUGUCAACCCUACACUUGACAAGACUUUCCAGUGAGUUCUCAUUGUGCUUGGAGUAAAAUCCAGCCUCUUUAUGGCCGAUAGGACAAUGGUCUGGCUCUGCUUUCCUCCAAUCCCAUCAAGGAUCCCAUCAACGACUCCUCCCCCUUCUGACCUUCAGUCACACUGGCCUCAUUUCUCUUCCUCCAGUGGGCCCAGCGGCUGCUUCCCUUAGGAUAUUUGCACCUGUUGUUGCCUCUGUUUGGUAUGUCUGGCUCCUUAAGUCUCUGCUUGAAUGGCACCUCCUUAGCGGCCUCUCCUGCCCCACCUAUCUAAAGUUCUCUUCAACCCUCACCCCCUCAUACUUUCUCAUGUCCCUGUUUCAUUGCUCCAGCAGCCCUUUUCACUACCUGAUGUUCUUCAUGUGUUUACUUGUCGAGUGUCUGUCCUCUGCUAGAAUGUGAGCUCCAUGAGACCAGAGCAGGAACCUUAUCUGUCUCAUUCACCAGUGUUCUCAGUGUUUGGGCCAGAGCCUGGCAUAGGAUAGGUAUUCAGUAAGUUCUGGAUGAAUGAAGCCUGUGUACCAGCUCUUGGGCUAGUCAGUUUUAGUGAGCAGAGAACCUUCUUUGUGGGUUAGUGGACAGAAGGCAACUAGCUUAGGGCCUGGCCUGUAGUGAAUUAUGCAGGUUGGUUCUUUGUCCCUCCCUUUAGGAGCUUACAGCAGAACCCAGGAGAGGACACUGCUGUGUACAAAGUGAUCUUCUAGAGUUCUUUGCACAAGGGCAAAAGCAGGAGUAACUCACUUUGUUGGGGGGUGGAGUAUAGGGUGCAAAUGGGAAAAGGAGACCUUUCCUAGGCGAGGGCAAGGCUCUGAGCCUUAAACAUGCCAUUGUGUCUCAACAUCAGAGAUGACUGCCAGCAUUUAGGCAUGGCUGGAAAUCGGCGUGGUGUGUGGGAGGUGUGCUAAAGAUGAAGCUAGAAGGGUUGGCAGGGCCAGACCCUAGAGAAUGGCCCUUAGUGUAGAUUUUUCUUCAGGGUCCUGGAGCUCUUUGGAAGCCUGUUAAAGCAGGUGUGUGACAUGACUGGGCUGAGCUUUUGAUAGAAAGUUGCAGGAUUUUUGGGCAGGGAUUCCCACUGGCAGCAGGUGUGAUUUUCUCUUGCUGCACCUGCACCUGGCAUCCCUGGGAGAUUGGGCUCUUGUUAAGAGUUCCUUGCUACUGUGAAAGACUUAGACCCCCCCUGUGGAAUAUGUUAUCUCCAGGAGUAGGAAAUUUUAACAGUUGUCUGAGUUCUGUGAUGAUAUCUCUGAAGUUUAAUGUAUCUUAAAUUAAAGCUGGCUCUAAUUCCACUGUGUGCGCGCACGCGCACACACACACACACACACACACGAAUCCUAUCUUAGAGAAAAUUGAGGUUUAUCUCCCUUGAUCCAUGUGGCCACAGAUAAAACUAAGUGGUGCUGUGGGGUUAACAGUGAUAAUAGUACUUACUAUUAUUUAGUGCUUGUCCGUAUGCUGUUUUUUUGAUUUGUUUGUUUAAUUUUCACACGAUUCCUGGGAGGUAAUAGUUGAUAUUCCCAUUUUAUAGAUGAAAGAAACCAUGGCUCAGAGGUCAGGGAACCCGGUUAAUAAGUGUCAGAACUAGGUUUGAACCCACAUUGAUCUGACUGCACAGCCCAUACGCUGGCAUUCUCAGUGCGAAUGAAAAAGUGUACCCGUCCAUUCCAGCCCCCUGUAGUGGUUCAGAGCAGUAUUUUUCUUGAAUCCAUUUUAGAGUAUAAAUCUUUCAGGGUUACAACUUCAAAAAGAUUCAGUAAUGUAUGUUUUAAAGACUUGGGUAGGGGUGAGGGACUUAGACUCAUCCUCAAUCUAACUCUGGCAGGACAGAGGAGGGCUGAAAAAUGCUGGUAUCUUGGCUUGGCAAUUUAUAGUCCUCUGGUGGCUGCGAGGAUUAACAGUGUAUUGUCUCCCAGUCUUUUGUUUCGGUUGUUAAUGAACAGCACUGCAACUUGUCGCCUGGACCUCUUGCCUUCUGUACACACCAUUUUAGCAGUAUCUCCUGUGUGUCUCUGACCCUCUCUGAGCCCUCCCUGCCCAGAGCUGAGGAGGGCUGCAAAAGACUUCUAAGUCUGACUCAGGUUACUCUCCUUGGAGAGAAACAUCCAAGAGCCUAUGAGAUUUUUGUCUCUGCAGCCUGGAGAGAACAUUCUUUGUAAAACUUAAGCUACUUUGCCUUUUCUGUUUUUCCAGCUUUCUGUGUUCUUGGUGCCCAUGUAGAGAAGGCUCUUCUCCUUUUAUCUAUUUUAUUGAGGUGUGUGCCCUUCAUUCUUUCUGCAGAUGCCCUCUCUGGACUCAUAAAUGAAACAAGGGGUUCAUGUGUGUGAAUGAAUUUCAACCAGAUUUUUUUUAUGAUACCCAUUAAGCAUCUGCACAUAUCUUGCUCCAGGAAAGCAACCUGCUCCAGGCAGAAAUAACAUCCUGGGGGCUUGGCCAGGUAGGCCUUGGUGUCCUUGAGGAAUUUGGGUGUUACUCUAAUGCCAAAGCAAACAAACCAAAGGUCACUUUUGGUUUUCUUUACCCCUAGUCUUUUCAUGAGAAUCUGUGUAGGAAUAUAUUAUGUGAAAUUGUGGUAAUUAUGUAUGUUUGUCCUAAAAUACUGAGGCAUAUUUGAAGGAGUUCUAAGUGGAAAUGCUUCCUUCAGCUUUACUUCUUUAGUUCCUAGUAUCUGUCAGGCCUUAGUUCCCUGUCUCUUUGUGCCCAUCCAGUGAGAGCUGUUUCUUUCUCUUCUUCACUGAAAGGUACACACCAUAACUAGAAGAUUCUACUCUCCAGUACUGCUUCUUCGACAUCCUCUACCACCAACUAAAGCUGAGGCUGACACUGGAGUUGCUUGCCUUCAUUUGCUUCAAAGACUCUUAAGUUCAAUAGGAAGCCUGCCUCAGUCAGCACUAAAGUGUACCACCAUUCAAGUACAAGUUUUCUUGUUUUACCUGGUACCUUAUCACUCUCUGACCCCACCUGAUCUCUCCAUACGCUGGAGUGCCUUUAACUGGCUCCAGGAGACUCAAGUUGAGCUUUGUCUGCAGCACUUUCUCUUGGCGCUGGACAGUGGGUGACUUUGCUUUAGCUUGGGUGGCAGUGUGGGAGUACCACAACAUCAGAGAGACAGCCUUGAGUUUAAAUUAAUGCAGAAUAUUUGAGCAGGAACCAACAGGAAAGAAAAAUGGAAGCAGGGGCCCAGAUCAUUGAUCUAAUGAUGCUGGUCAUCGAUGUGACCAAGGGGAUGCAGACCCAGUCAGCGGAAUGCCUUGUGAUCGGCCAGAUUGCCUGCCAGAAGCUGGUUGUGGUGCUGAACAAAAUAGACCUCUUAGCUGAAGGAAAGAGACAGGCAGCAGUUGAUAAAAUGACCAAGAAAAUGCAGAAGACCCUAGAGAACACCAAGUUCCGAGGUGCACCGAUUAUACCCGUGGCGGCCAAGCCAGGGGGACCAGAGGCCCCCGAAACUGAAGCUCCACAGGGCAUUCCAGAGCUCAUUGAGCUCCUGACGUCCCAGAUUUCUAUCCCAACGAGAGACCCCUCGGGACCGUUCCUCAUGUCUGUGGACCACUGUUUCUCCAUCAAAGGCCAAGGCACUGUGAUGACAGGGACCAUCCUCUCAGGCUCCAUCAGCCUCGGUGACAGUGUGGAGAUCCCUGCCCUCAAGGUGGUGAAGAAGGUGAAGUCCAUGCAGAUGUUUCACAUGCCCAUCACUUCAGCCAUGCAAGGAGACCGGCUGGGCAUCUGCGUCACCCAGUUUGACCCCAAGCUGCUGGAGCGCGGGUUGGUGUGUGCCCCUGAGUCCCUGCAUACUGUCCAUGCGGCCCUCAUCUCUGUGGAAAAGAUACCAUAUUUCCGGGGGCCCCUGCAAACCAAGGCCAAGUUCCACAUUACAGUGGGCCAUGAAACAGUCAUGGGCCGGUUGAUGUUCUUCAGCCCUGCUCCAGAUAACUUUGACCAGGAGCCUAUACUGGACUCUUUUGACUUCUCUCAAGAAUACCUCUUCCAGGAGCAGUACCUAUCCAAGGAUUUGGCACCAGCAGUGACAAACAAUGAUGAGGCCGACAAGAAGGCCGGCCAGGCCACAGAGAGCCAUUGUCCUCGGCAGCAGUGGGCCCUGGUGGAGUUUGAGAAGCCCGUCACCUGCCCUCGGCUGUGCCUGGUGAUUGGCUCCAGGCUAGAUGCGGACAUUCACACCAACACGUGCCGGCUAGCCUUCCAUGGCAUCCUGCUCCAUGGGCUGGAGGACAGGAACUAUGCUGACAGCUUCCUGCCCAGGCUGAAGGUGUACAAGCUGAAGCACAAGCAUGGCCUCGUGGAGCGGGCGAUGGAUGACUACAGUGUGAUCGGCCGCUCCCUGUUUAAAAAGGAGACCAACAUCCAGCUCUUCGUGGGGCUCAAGGUGCACCUGUCCACUGGAGAACUGGGCGUCAUCGACAGUGCCUUCGGCCAGAGUGGCAAGUUCAAGAUCCACAUCCCAGGUGGCCUCAGCCCUGAGUCCAAGAAGAUCCUGACACCCGCCCUCAAGAAGCGGGCCCGGGCCGGCCGCGGGGAGGCUACCAGGCAGGAGGAGAGCGCUGAGCAGAGCGAGCCCUCACAGCAUGUGGCACUCAGCCUGACUUUCAAGCGUUAUGUCUUCGACACCCACAAGCGCAUGGUCCAGUCUCCCUGAGUGUCCAGUGACCUCCCCCAGGGCCUCCUUGCCCGGCCCAGUCCAGGGUGCUGUGCCAAAUCCCAACCAGUCAUGCCUCAACCUCUCCCAGUCUCUCCCUGCAGUCCUGCAGCAGCAGCCCCCACCCCCAGGAUUGGUGCUCAGCCCUGGUGAGGAGCUGAGGGGGAUGUGUUGCCGGGGCCAGGAGGGUCUGUCCUCCAGCCCCUGCACACUCCCACCCAGGACAGCCACCAGCCCAACUAGGAAAGGGCCUUGGGCAGAGGGCUGGUAGCCAGUGUCUUCCACUGCCCCAUUUGUUGGCCACCUGCAGGCCUGUCUCACCCCUCCCCCAGGUGGGCAGACACUUGACGGCUACAAAUAAAUGUCCCAUGGCCCCAGCCCACUC